AUGGACAUAAAUAAUAUAGCCGAAAACACGAUAAAGCUAUUGAGUGAAGAAAUUAACUUAGAAAAUGAAUCGAAACUAUACAAUAUGUCAAGGCAUUUGAACAAAAUUAUGGGUAACGUUGGUACUUGCGAAAAAUCUAUAUAUAGAAAGAAAGAUGAAAUUAAAAUUACCGAACUGUUUUGUAAGAUUGAAAAAACAGUUGAAUCGUGGGAAAACAUUUGGACUGUUCUUAAACAUGGUGACAUAACAUAUAAGAAAAUUUGUGAUUUUUUAAUAUAUUGGAUAUACGAUAAAUUAAAGAAUGUGGACUUUAAAACAUUGCAAAUUAAUAAAUUUUACACAGAUAUACAGAGAGUUAUAAAAAAGGAUAAAUUUAAUCAUAUAUGUUUUAAUAUUUUGAAUAAUGAAUUUUAUAGAAAAUAUGUAAAAGCAUAUGAUAGAAAAGUGAUAAAAAAUAAAAAAGAAUUAUACGAAUUUUUAGAAUACUAUAAUUUAAUAAAAAAAAGAUUAGAAGGAAGAACGUCAAACCAGGAACACUACUGUAACUAUGUAAAGCACAUUUUUGAUGUGUACGAAGAAAUGUAUGAUGGAUACAUUUCAAAAGGAUUAGAAAUAUAUUAUAAAGAGAUUUUGCUUUUUCAAGAAAUUUUUAAGGAAAAAAAUAAAGAUUUACAAUUUGUAGAAAAAAAUUGCCCUAAUAGAUGUUUAAAUUUAGUAUUCAAUAAAAAUAAUAAAUCCGUAUGUUCAUUAUCUAUGAAAAAGCAUGAAAUAAAUGCUCAAGAGGGAAAAAAGACAUUUGAGAUUCCCAAAACAGAUGAUUUUCUAAAAAAUUUGGCUUUAUAUAGAUUUUAUGAAGAAUUGUAUACGGCUUAUGAUUUUAAUAAUGAUACAUUUAUUUGUAGUAGCAUGCAAAAAAAUACUUCAAAAAAUAGUGAUUUUCGUGUCCUUUGCAACAACCUUAAUUUAAUAUUAUACGAAUGGACAGGAUUAUUGAAUCAAUUUAAAACACAUUUAGAUGAGAAUGAGUGCUGUAAUUAUUUAAAUUAUUGGUUACAUGAAAAAUUAAUAGGACAUCCUUUUCGUAAAAAUAUUACUAAAAUGCUUUACAUUGCCUGGGACCUAAUGAAUACAAAUAAUUCGGAGAAUAUUAAAUGUUCUCAUAAAAAUUUUGAUGUUAAUGAAAAUCAAUUUAAAAAGAAGAAAAAAUUAUAUGAUUUCUUAGGUUACUAUAAGGAUAUAAAGAGUAUUUUAAGCUCAAAGGAAACUUUGAAUACGAAACAGUAUUGUGAUUAUAUUAAGAACAAUUUUGGUUUGUAUUCUGUUAUGAAACAUGAAGACAUGUGUAACAAAUCAUCAGCUUAUAAUGAUGAAUUAACAGCUUUUAAAAAAGUGUUUAUCACAGAAUUAAAUAAUUUAAAAUUAGUAUGCCCUGGUAGACAUUUUGAGCUACUCUUCAAAGAUGAAAGCAAUAGAAAAACCUUGGAACCAUCAUAUGCACAUGAAAUAUUGCUUCAAAAUAAUGAUUAUAUAAUGGAUAAUAGUAAAACAAACUUUGAAAUAACUUAUUUUGAAGAAUUACCAUCAUAUAAGAAAUACGAAGAAUUGAAUAAGCACAAUAAUAUUGAUAAAUAUUGUGGUGAUUGCAAGGAGAUACUUAUUCUAGAAAAGGACACUCCUGGAAUAUAUGAGCUUUGUAAAAAGGCUAUAAAAAACUUACGUGAAGUCAUUAAAAAAGAAAAUUGUAAUGAAUGGGGUGAAUAUUUCAUUUAUUGGAUACAUGAUGAAAAAGGCAAAAUAAUUCGCGAAAAUAAAAUAAAUAAUAUAGAAAAUUAUAUGGUAAAAUUGUUCGAUGUGUUUUAUAGAAUCAUGGACCAUUUAGAUAUUAAAAAUUGUAUAUAUUAUUAUAACUCUCACGUUAGUCUAGAUAAAUGGAAAGAAAUGAAAAAUUUGCAUGAUUAUUUUAAAAACUACAGCACUAUUUCUAGUUGUGUCAGCGAUCCAACAAAAAAUAAUUGUCAUAUAUAUUGUAAUUAUGUUAAUUAUAUAAGCGAAAUAUAUAAAAAAAACUUAAAAGAGUGUUGUAUUUAUUAUUACGGUGUGGAUCAAGUUGCUGAAAAUAGAUGCCCUAGUUAUUUUAUAUGUGAUAAGGAAAAUAAUCCGUAUACUUUACUGUCUAAACUAGAAUGUGUAAACCAUCCAUCUAGGGAAGAAGUAGAUAAUAUAUACGAUGAAGCAACCAUUGAUCGUAAUGUUAAAUUAAUAAGUGAAAGGUAUAAUAAACAGAGCAACAAAUCGAUAUAUGUGUAUGAAGCAUCGAACAGUGAAUCAGAAUAUGACUCUUUCCAUGUUAUCAUGUUAACUGCUUUUGUAUGCCUGGGAAUAUUUUUUACCUUUUUUGUUUUCUAUAAAUUCACCCCAUUGGGAAUAUGCAUUAACAGGAAGAUACUCAAAAAGAACAGAAUUACAAAUAAGUAUGAAAACCGUUUUCAAAAUAUACAAAAGAAUAAAUCAAAAAAUUCCAGAAUAAAUCCACAGAGUCUCGGUGUGCUUAUAUCUUAUCAAUCAGUUUGA